UGAUCGCGGGUAGAGGAAGGGCUGGCCCGUGACGGUGAAAGGGUGAGCCGAGGAGGAGGAACUGGGAGCAACUUCUUCCCCCACUCUCCCUCGGAUUAGGGAUGGAGAGCGAAGCGGUGGCCACGGAGGUGGCCGCUUUGGAGCCAUUGCAUGCUGAUGUUACCAGAUAUUUGGAGACAAAGUCCAGCUAUAGAGGCUUUUCAUUGGACAUAUUCUCUAUGAAAUCAGGUGAGCAAGUCAAACCAUUUACACCAGAAGAAGCUAGAGAAAUUGUGAUGACUCUUCAAAAACCUGUGGUCUUCAGCAACAUGACCUUCGAUUGGCCAGUACUUCAUUGGAAUGUUACACAUCUGGCUAGUCUAUUGGCUGGAAAGAAAAUACUUUUUAGAAUAGGAAAGAAGAGCACAGCUACGGCUCCUCUCUUCGAAACGGAGUGUGCAUAUGCAGAGGCUACACUUGAUGAUUUUCUGGCCUGGAGCAGAAGACAGCAGCCUUGUCCUUCUGGACCAUUCAGUAGUUAUGAUUUGUGUAAAUACUGGAUGUAUGCUGACUAUAAGUAUAUCGAUAGGCUAUUUGAAGACAAGCCAGAACAUUUUCAGGACAUUAGAUGGUCUGAUUUUGGAUUUCCUGGAAGAAAUGGAAAGGAGAGCACUUUGUGGAUUGGCUCCACUGAAGCAAACACACCCUGUCAUUUGGAUUCCUAUGGUUGCAACUUGGUGUUGCAGGUGCAAGGCAGGAAAAGGUGGCAUCUGUACCCACCUGAAGACUCCAGGCUACUUUAUCCUACCAGAAUUCCCUAUGAAGAAUCUAGUAUAUUCAGCAAAGUCAAUGUGAUUAAUCCAAGUCUGAGGCAAUAUCCGCUAUUCAAAAAAGCACGAGCCCACGUGGUUACACUUAAUCCUGGCCAGGUCUUGUUGGUUCCUAGACACUGGUGGCAUUAUGUUGAAUCCAUUGACCCCAUCACCGUUAGCAUUAAUUCUUGGAUUGAACUGGAUGCAGAUCAUGAAGCCCGCAUAGAAGAGGCAAUAACUCGAACAAUGAUAUGUGCAAUCAAAGCUGCAGAAAAUCCCAGUGACACAGAUUCUUGGCUCAACCCCACAGAGGUUGAGAUAACCUCCCAUAAUACCAACCUUGAGUAUUUAAACAAAGCCAUGGCUUCCUAUUUAGAACAUCAGAAGACAAGUGAAAUUAAGCACCAGUUCCCUCAAAUGGACAGUACUGAUAGAAUUCUUCAAGAGUCAUACAAGAGGAGGAAAGUACAGAUCAAUACAGAAUCUGACUGCAUAAAAUCUAAACCCUGUGACUCUAGCAGAACAGUAAUUGAAACAGAAAAGCUGACAACAAUUCCCUUUGGACAGAGUCUUUUUCAGGUUUUACCACAGUCCCAGGAAACUUAUUCAAUUGGAGUAGCUGAAUAUGACAAUAAAGACCUUGUCAGUGAAAGUGAGAGGCAUUUUGGAAAAUUACAUCCUACUGGGAAGACCUCUGGGAUGACAACUGAUUCUGGAACCCUGAUGGAGGAUCUAGAAUGCAUGACACCCUUCCCACAAACUCUCAUUUCUACAAAUGAUUUGCUAGAUUGUGCACUGAACCCACAAGUCGUGGGUUUAAUAGCUCGUCUUUUAUUGGAGAAAGUGAACAUUUUGAAUCCAUUGAAAUAAUAAUAAUGCAAUGACAAAAUGUACUCUGGAAGGUCCUGAAUUUUUGGAAAACUAGAAAAUAAGAAUUGAAAGGCAUUUUAAAAAGUACAAAUGUAGACUUCCAAAUAGUAUAAUGGUUAAACCUGUAAAAGGUAACAUGGAGCAGAUAAUACAGUAUGCGCAUAAUGGUGGUAUAGACAGUAGCAGUAAUCAUAAUAAAUAUUUCACCUAAAGUUUUAUAGGCUUUCAUAAUACUGCAUCAUCUUAGGGACUUUUGAAUAGAUCUGUCAGGUUAAUGGCAUUAUUGUUCCGACAUUAGACAUGGGCUUCUGAAUCAGAGAGAGAUUAGUUUAUCUAAUCCAAAGGUGAUAUUGAAAAACUAUUUCCAAUCAGAAGCUCAUGUUCUUACAGAAUUAACUCAAAAGAAAUGGGGGAGGCAGUUACGUCUACUUUUCAAGGAUUAAGUAUUUUUGCUCCAGCCAUCUAAUUCCUACAUGGCAAAGGGACUCUAGUCUUCCGAAAUCUGUGCUAUCAUAAAUGCAUUUAAUCUUUACCAUAUACAGUAUGUCAUCCAUUAUUUUCCAUCUAGUCCAUGCAGAAGGAUGGGCAAACAUUAGUUACAAAGUAGCACAUGCAAGGCUGUGUCGUUAGAGCAAGGUUCUUGAUUACUGUGAAAUGGUUUUCCAUGGAAGUCAUCCCCCAAACAUACUUGCUUGUUGAUUAAAUUUCCUAUAUACAAAGCUGUCCUUUCUUAAAGAUGGACACCCCAAUCUUUUUCAAUUCAGUGCCAACCAGAUAUGUUGUACUACAAAAUCCAGCAUCCCCUUUUGUAAGAAAAGGUGUAGUAAUAUGAUGUGUGCUACAUCUUCUGUACUCAUUAAAAAAACCUUC